AUGGAAUGGCCAAUUAAUAAACCAAUUUAUGAUAUUAAUAAAAGUUGGGAAGAUAAUUUAGAGAAUGGACCAUUCAUUGAAGGAUAUAAAAAAGUAGAUAGAAAUGAUAAUAAAGAUCCAAGUAAAUAUAUCGAUUUCUUAGGUCAAAAAUUAGCAAGUCCAAUUGGUGUACCAGCAGGACCAUUAUUAAAUAGUCAAUGGGUUAAAUUUGCAUUGGAAGCAGGAUUUGAUUUACCAACAUAUAAGACCAUUAGAAGUCACGAACAUUUUGGUCAUCCAGUACCAAAUGUUAUGUAUUUAGAUUUGGAAAGUGAGGAUAAACAAUUUACAAAAUCAGAUAGUGGUUCAACAUUACAUGCAACUCAAACCAUUCCAACCACAAUGGAUCAAUUAGCAAUUACCAAUUCAUUUGGUAUGCCAAGUAUGGGAAAAGAGUACCUCUAUAAGGAUAUAGCAUUGGCACAUAGUUAUUUAGGUUCAGGUCAAUCAAUGAUCGUAUCAAUUACAGGUACCGCAAGUAGUGCACAUGACUUUCUUCAAGAUUUUGUUGAUACAGUUCGUAUUGCAUGUGAUGCUGGUGCAAAAAUGGUUGAAGUAAAUUAUAGUUGUCCAAAUGUUGUCACUGGCGAGGGUCAAAUCUAUCAUAAUCCAGAUGCAGUCUAUGAAAUCUCUUCAACUUUGGUCAAAGAGUUAUCGAGUAAGAAUAUUCCACUCAUUAUUAAAGUUGGUGUUAUGGAUGACUUGGAAAAAAUGGAAAGAUUAUUCCAACAAGCUGAAAGAGCUGGCGUUGCCGCAAUUGCUGGUAUCAAUACUUUAUCAAUGAAAGUCACCGAUAAAAUCACUGGUGAACCAUCAUUGGGUGCUUCUCGUUUAACAAGUGGUGUUUGUGGUGCUCCAAUUCGUUCUGCUGCUUUAGAUUGGGUUUCAACAGCUUCUUCAAUCAUUAAGAAACAAAAUAGUAAAUUAAAACUUUUGGGUUGUGGUGGUAUUGUCAAACCUGAGCAUUUUGAUGACUUUUUAAAUUCUGGUGCUGAUAUUGCUAUGUCUGCAACUGGUUUAAUGUGGGAUCCAUAUAUUGCUAUGAAAUGGCAUAACAAUAAUAAAAAUAAUUAA